AUACCCCACCAACUUCUCUGUUAAAAAUACACUCACUCUUACCUCAAAUCCACACAGAAUUAUCCUGCUAAAGCAAAUAAAUCCGGGACAGAAGAAAAAAUGGCUACCCAGUUGAUGAAGAAGUCUGAAAUGGUUACUUUUGCAGCAAAGGAAGGUGCAGAAGUGUACCAUGGCGAAGAGAACUGCAAACAGAAGGUACUGCAGGUUCUCCAAGAGGCAGGACUUCCCAGAGGUUUAUUUCCUCUGGAUAAUAUAGUGGAAUGUGGGCAUGUUAGGGACACAGGCUUUGUAUGGUUGAAACGUCCCAAGAAAAUUGAAUACCGGUUUAAAACCACAGGAAACCUGGCUUCUUAUGCUCCUGAGAUGAGUGGUUAUAUGGAAAAGGGAAAGAUGAAGAAGAUAAGUGGAGUGAAGGUGAAAGAGCUUCUUAUGUGGUUCGCUUUGUGUGAGUUGAGCAUUGAGGAUCCAAACAGUGGAAUGAUUUACUGCAAAACUGCUGUGGGUGUGGGCAAAAAUGUGCCAAUCAAGGUCUGGGAGGAGGAGUAUGAUAAGUAUAUGUGUAAAUCGGAAGCAAAAUCCAAUGCCUGACUGUUGAUCUGCUUUUAGUACUAUGCUUUAAGUCAAUAAUGGGGAACUUGCAUAUGAAACUUAUUUUGCUUAGCUACUGUACUGGUCACGUUUCCAGCGAUCUUUAUGGUGACAUAAUAGAGUUUUUAUGGUUGUGUUUC